ACUGACUUCAACUAAGCGACGUUGCCAUGUUCUUUAAGUUUACUGUGUUGUACAUACAUCUGCUAAUUCCUCUUGAAUUAAAAUUGGAAUAAUCCACGGUGGUUGUUAGAGUAGUAUUUAAUAGUUCUUUUUCUAUUAAUUAAUUGAUAAGUGCAAUGGCUUCCUUAGUCGCCGAUUACGGUACUUCCUCAGGCUCCGAUAGCGACUCUGAUUCUGUUUCCGAUGAUUCCGACAACAUUUGCAAGGAGGAGGACAACAAGGAAAGAGGGGAUGCUAAUUGCGAAUCGAAAACCAAGCCAACUUCCACAGAUAAACUUCCAUUACCAACACCAGACUUCAACGUGACACCUACUCUGAAAACAUCUGUCUUCUCAAACCCAUUUGUCGAAGCAGAGAAAGCGAAGAGUGCAAUAUUAGAAAAGCAUGUUAAAAUGACGCCAACCUUAGAUGAUACAAAAAUGAUAAAUGGAAAAAAGAUAUGUUGGAAUUAUCGCAAAGGACGAUGUCGAUUUGGUCAUAAUUGCACAUUUGCUCAUGAUUCUGAUUUACAUCAUUCGGCUAUAGAACUAGAGUCAGCACGAGCACCGCAGGAGACUUUAAUUUGUCAAACACCAUAUCAUGGUCAAGUAACUUUUAAUGAAGGGGAUGAAGUAGAUCAAGAAAAUAAUCAAACGCACAAACGUAAAAAACGUCCUGGAUUAACACAAACCUUAAUUCCAGGGAAGAAAGUUAUGAAAAUGUACAAAGCGCAACAAACUAAAGCAAUCAGUAGAUAAAUUUAAUAUCUAUUUAAAUUAUUAAUUUAUUUCAUAGGUAUCAAGUUGAAUCAUCAACUUCUAUAUUUGAUCAAAUUCGUUCAAAUGAAAGCAUGUUUUACCAAUGUUACUGGGAUCUAAUUCACUUCUCAGGUACAAUUUAAUCUAUUGAAAGAGUACUUCAUAUUUCAAUGAUAACCAUCAGACUUGGACCUGGAAAUCACUAGCAAUUAUUGGAGCAAGACAUAUUUUCCAGGUGCCCUAGUUCUCACAGAUUUGUCAUCCGCAUAAUCCAUUCUCAAUUUUCAAACUAGAAUAAAUCAAAUUUAGCCAGCCAUCUAAAAUGAAUGGAUACUUUAGCAAGAAAGAUCCCUCGAAAUUUGUUCAAGUUUUCUUCUGAUUGUUAUAAUUAUAACUUUUUUCCACUUUUUAAUGUAAGCUGGAGCUGGUUCGGGCUCUUAGUAAAUAUAUCAUUGCAUUCAAUGCUUCCAUAACUCACAGUAUAAAUAACAGGUAACGAAAGUAAGAAUAUUACAAUUACAAAUAGACGUUGUUAAUAAUAAGCAUACUUGACUAAAACGUAGCUUAAUUCUCAAAAAUUGACAUAGUAGUAUUGAUAGAAUGCUGUCUUGUCAAUUAUUAUUAUACAAUUUCGAAAAUUAGAAGCGUUUUUGAUAUUGUAAAAAUCUCAUGACAACAAAGAUUCUUCAUCGCAAUCGAUGAUUCAUAAACUCAUAGCAUAGAAUUUUCUGUAAUUCAGCUAUCGCGCAUAUUUCCAAUAUCAUAUGUAAUUCAUGCUAUAACAGAAAAUAUUAAUAUAUACAUACUAUAUCGCUCAUGGGGUUGGAAUAAUCUAGACCAAGAUGGAAUCCGGGAGUCUAAAAGUUGGGUAUUUCCAAAGUGAUCACUGUACCAAUUCAGAAAUGGAGAUGUUAAUUUCUGAAAAUCUAACAUGUAAGACAAUAGUACAUUAUAUGUAUAAUGGGUAAUCAAUUCACUUACAAUAUAUCCGGUAUUGUCCACAUACUUCCACAAAUCGUUCGAAUUUUUACAUAUUACUCAAACAGCGGCUGGUCCCAUUUGUAGAUUUAAGUGAUUACUCUACCCCGUUGAAUACAGAUUAACAUUAUUUCAACUACUGUUUUGUUUGAAAAGAAUAGAAUUUUAUGUAAUACACACCAUUUCUUCCAUCAGCUUUACUCUGUAACAAGUUGUAUGUAUUCUCAUUGCUCAUCGUUGUUCUCCCUAGUUAUUCGAAUAUACUUACACAUGCCAGGAAUAUCCAUUGUAUAUACACAGCUACAAUGAAAUAAUUAAUGUAUUCGUGAAGAAUGAUUAGGUUUGGAAUCGGUACAUAAUUGAGUACUUGAAUCUAAUGCUUGCGUCUUCACCAUGAAACAAAACAAAAAAAAAAAACCCAGUGACCAGACAAUGUAAAAUUUCAAUUAUGCGAAAAACAAAUGAUUAGUUAUAGUAGAUGACACACAACCAUUUAUUAAAUAUAAAUAUAAUCUUGUAGAAAGUUUAAAUUGAAAUAUUGAAAAUAAAGUUUUUUUUAGACGA